AUGACUAAACCUUAUGUGCUAGCAUAUGCCGUGUCAGAUGCGUCAGAAACCGACAUGCUCAUCGCACAGGAGAACGAAUGGACGUCCUUGGCUCAACUAGUAGAAGGUAUUAUCAGCCCUAAUUUAUUAUCCUUUAUCCGCAAGUCUAAUUUGAUAUGGAAAACCCUCCUAUUCGUAUACUGCAGCGACCAUGUCCGAUUCAGUCUAACCAAUCAACAGAGCCUACUAGUCAAGACCUUGGAGCAAAGAGAGGCGGACUAUGCCGCUGCUAGACGGCGAAUAAUGGGAUCUGAAAGUCCGAAGCCCGAGCCGGAUGCUCAAGCAAUCAAGGGAGUACAGAUUUCGACCGUGUUCAUGUUUGACUCACCCCAUCACGACUCGUGUAACCUGCUUCCCGAGCUUUUACACUUCCUACCCAUUAACUGCUCGUCUGCCAUUCCCGCGGCCGCACCGGUCGCCACCAAUGGGAUGCUUUCAGACUUUCGCAUACCAAAUGCGAACAUACCUGGAGCUACAGUGCCAUCUGCUCGCAGCGUUCGCCAAGGUCUAGCAGUCGUAAAUGUUCCUCAGAAGCUCCAGCAGCAACAGCAGCAGACUAAUGGGGCUCGUCAAAUGCUACAGCCACACCAACAACCGCAGCGCAUACUGACGGCUUCUUCCAGCAGUCCGUCUAUCCUGUCACCCACUUCUCGCACUUCACAGCCUCUGCCUCUUUUCCCUUCUCAAGUAGGUAACGCCAGCGUGGGCCUCUUACCCACCCCACCAGGUUUCAACUAUUCAGCUCAAAAUGCAUCUCUGAAUGCAGGUGAUCUUCACCACUCCCAAUCAGCCGCUUUGGCGUUAAUGCACCACUUCACCAUGCUUCAACAGCAAUAUCAACAAGCGCUGAAUGGUUUUCAGAGUCAACUGAUCUCGCCUAUCGUUUCAAAUGUUUCUCACAAUUCCCUGGGCCAUCUGAACUUCUCUUCCGCCGUCAGUUCCCAAUCCGGCAUAGCCCCAAAAUAUGAAGUCAUAUGCCAGUUUUACACGUGGCUGUUGUUCCCGCAUAAUACCGAAAUCUCUCAACUUCUGACUCCCCGAUUCUACGGCUAA